AUGUCGUCACAAAAUGACAACGUUAAACCAACCUCCGACCAAACUUUAACGACUAGUCUAGACAAAAUUUCGAGCUCAUCUGCUAGAGUUUCCUUGGAGGAACCACUCAAAUUUAAUAUGAAGGAAUUCAUCGAAAAGAGGCAGCUUGAGUCUGUAGGUGACACUAUGGGCCUCGAAGAACUGAAGAAAAAGGUCCGUCAGCGUAUGGAAUCCGAGUUAGCUUCUGGUAAGUUUAAAAUUUUUACUGCAAAAAGCUUAACCACUUCAGCGGAAAUAAUACUUUUAUUGUUUUCAAAUUGCAAACUUUUUGUUAAAGGAAUAGCAAAACAGGAGAUUCCAACAACUAAGACGUCUACAUUGAAUACUGGUGGCGAUGUAUCCGUCAACAAGUGUAAAAACGGAGUAGCAAAUCAGAAAAGACAAUCAGCCACUAUAUCGACUUCUAAAGCUAGUGGUAAUGUGACGACGAUUUAUGAUGAGGAAAAGAAAGCUGCAGUUAAGAAAGAAAGGACAAUCGCCACUGCGACGUCAAAAUUAAAAAGUGCUAUUGGAAGUCUGCCUGUUAACAAAGAGAAGCAAGCCGUGAAGCAAGAAAAGUCAAAAUCCUCUUCAUCUAUACCAAAAGGUAUCACAGGAAUUUCUGCUGUCAUUAACAAGGGCAAGUCAAUUUCAAAAGGUAUUGGCGGGAAUUUGAUUUCAAAUAAAGUGAAGCAAUCUAUUCCCUUCCAUCUGGAAAAGCAAACAUCUUUGACACCCGUUUCAAAAAGUAUUGGAGGCAAUUUGCAUAAUAACAAGGGCAAACAAGCUGUUUAUCAAGGAAAGGUAACAUCUUCAAAAGAUUCUAAUGAUAAUUUGCAUACUAAGCAAUUUGCUAUUAAACAAGAAAAGACAAGAACAUCAUCAAGGUCUAGUAAUAAAGAUGCAAUCAAGUCGAUACCAAAAUUGCAAAUGUACGUUGAGAAAUGGAAGUUAUCACGAGAAAAAGAAGGGAAAUAUAGACCUUUGGAAUUAUUUUUGCCUCCAGAGAUUUUAAAAGAUAAGAAUUAUAGGCUUGCCGUGGAACAAAUUGCAAGAGAAUAUGAAUUGGAGAGACUUCGAAGGCUUUUAGAGCAAGAUAAGGAAAAGUCAGACGUUGAUAAAAAACUUGCUCAUAAGAGAAUUGAACAUCUCAAUACACGAUUGGAAAUUGCAGCCUUCAGGAAUGAAAAAGGUCCUAAAAAAGAUGAGCAAAUCCACGCUCAUAUAACUUUCCUUAAUGAAAAAAAAAUCUUUAAAAAUAAAGUGACCCCGUUAGACGUCAUUGAGAAUCCUAAUUAUUUGAAAAAAGGUCUCGAACAAUUUCAAGAACAACAAAGAAGGAAGACCCAAGAAAAAGGGUUACAGCGUAGAGAUAUAGAAAAGCACUUGUUGGAAAAGAAAAGGGCUGGAGAAGCAUGGGAACGUGAUUUGCAGCGGAAAGAAAAGGUUACGGAAGGAAGGAAAAUGGAAAAGAGAUCGGCAGAGAAAAGACGUUUUCAAGAGAAAGUUGUAGACGCGAAAAGACGUCAAGAACAUCUUACAGAAUCAAGAAGAAAACUGGAAGUAGAAAAGGAACGGGCUCGCAGACAAAAAGCGUCUGCUGAAACAGAAGGUCGAUAUAAGCGAGUAGCGGAUACCUUACGCACAGGUCAUAAUAAUGUUCACAAAAAAAGAAUUACAAAUGGGAAUACGGCUUUGGCAGCACACAAGAAGAGAAAGUUUGAUGAACGUUCGGAGGCUACCUCCUCUUCUCGAGCUAAAAGAAGGAAUACUGGGGAUAGAUUCAAUAUUGAUGAAUUGGAUGAAGCAACGGUUAAACAGAACAUGUCCUCAAUCAUCCAUUCAUUAAUUCGUCCAGGAAGACAGCCCAUUUAUGGGAUUACAGACGACAACGAUGAUGACAUAAUGGAGGUAUCUGGGUUGCAAGUAUUGCGUGAGGAAGCGCGCAGUUCCCGCCUCGCAAAACAAGAAGACGAGGAGGAAGAACGUUUAGAACAUCAACGACGCAUGAAGAAAAAGGAUAAAAAGGUCAAACGUUAA